AUGCUGCAUCCUGCUGGCACCCAACCUAGAGGCGCUGUUCCUCAAGCGCACCGCCGGCCUGACGUUCGCACAGCUGGCAGAAUCAAUUUCGAACCUCCGCGCCAGCGGACGGCAGCCCCGCGCGCUCAAGAAGCUCUAGACCUUGUCAUUGAGGCUCAUGUUCGCCUACAAGAUACAAUACUUGUGGAUGGGGGUGCCCUACAACCGCUUCACGUGUUCCGCCGACGAAGAUCGGCGAGCACAACUCGCCCGUUGUAUGAGCGAGGCCACGAACUGCCAACCACCGCCGCCUCCAGUCCAACACGGCCCCGCACGCCGAGGAAGAGGCUCCGGGGCUACAGAUGUCCCUUCCAAGAUCAGCCUCGAGGGCUCUCUCCAUCGGAGACCCAGGCAGUGACAUUUGCCCUCUGCGCUCCGUACGGCCACUCGCCCCGGUUCAACAAGGUCUACAAAGAAGACCUCAAAGAUAUCCUAGGGCCGGGUUCAAGGGCGUGGUCUUUCCCGAAGUGGGAGUAUCCGUCCGUCUGUGAACGUCUGAGCGCCCUGCCCCGCCAAGGACGGUGUGAUGCGUGUCCCCAGACGCCAUCUGUGUCCAAGGCCGCUGGCUUCCCCGGCCUGCCAUCCGUCGCCCGGAACUAUGUCUCGCCACUGACUGAAGCAGACAUCGAUGAGGUCUGUUUGCGAGCGUCAAACGGAGGAGACCCGACCGUCGUCGCGGCUCGGAUCGAUGAAGAUGAUCAGGGCAACCUCGUCCAGGUUAAAUUCGACAAGCUGAACACCGUUACCCAAUGGUUCAUCAAGCAAUCUCGUGUCCUCGAAGCGAACAAGCACGGAUGGGCUCCAUUGGUUCAAGAUAAACCACCACAUCCCUCCAAGCCUACCAACCCGCCAUCCUUUAAUCAAGGCAAUAACCUUGGACCUGGGACCUCUCCAGUCAUCUCCGCAACUCCUGAGGCUUCUACCCAGAAGACGGACGAAAAGAAAUCCAUCGUCUUCAAGAUUGCUGGUCUUGACACUCGACUAGGGAUCAACAUGAACACCCCUGUUGGCCGGAGCCAAGCUCGAUCCCAUCCGUGCUGGCCGAACAGGAGCCUGAGGGUCGACUACCACGCACUCGAAGGGGUCUCCGACGGGGCGCGGCCCAAGAGAGCCCUCGUCUACGCCGGCACGACCCGAUAA